UUCUCGGUUAGGGUUGGUGGGUGACUGGCAGUAUAUCCAGUUACAGAAGCACUCUCUUGCAAAUCGCAGUCUCACCGACUCCUUUGAAAUCUAACGGCGACACCUCAGGUUCCGGUGUCCGGUCAUGUGGGGAUUGAUGACUAUAAAUAGCGAGACAGCGUCCUUUGCUGAUUCCCACAGCACAGCAAAGGAGUGAUUUGGAGUUUGGAGCGACUGAACUAAUCAUUGAUUUGCACUCGCUGUUUCAGCUUCAUCACCCUUCUUUUGCAUCAUUUAUAUCUCUUGAGAAAUGGCACAAGAAACCUUUCUAUUCACAUCUGAAUCUGUAAACGAGGGUCACCCCGACAAGCUGUGCGACCAGAUCUCUGAUGCAGUACUUGAUGCGUGCCUUGAACAGGACCCUGACAGCAAGGUUGCCUGUGAGACAUGCACCAAGACCAACAUGGUCAUGGUCUUCGGAGAGAUCACAACCAAGGCCAACGUAGACUAUGAAAAGAUUGUCCGCGACACAUGCCGCAAAAUUGGAUUCAUCUCUGAUGAUGUUGGUCUUGAUGCUGACAAAUGCAAGGUGUUGGUCAACAUUGAGCAACAGAGCCCGGAUAUCGCCCAGGGUGUGCACGGCCACUUCACCAAGCGCCCAGAGGAGGUUGGUGCUGGUGACCAGGGUCACAUGUUUGGGUAUGCCACCGAUGAAACCCCCGAGUACAUGCCCCUCAGCCAUGUCCUUGCAACCAAACUUGGUGCUCGCCUCACAGAGGUUAGGAAGAAUGGCACCUGUGCUUGGUUGAGGCCAGAUGGCAAGACACAAGUAACCGUCGAGUACUACAAUGACAAUGGUGCCAUGGUUCCAGUUCGUGUCCACACUGUCCUAAUUUCCACCCAACAUGAUGAGACUGUGAGCAAUGAUCAAAUUGCUGCGGACCUUAAAGAGCAUGUUAUCAAGCCUGUCAUUCCUGAGAAGUACCUUGAUGAGAAGACCAUCUUCCACCUUAACCCUUCUGGCCGUUUUGUCAUUGGUGGCCCUCAUGGUGAUGCUGGUCUCACUGGAAGAAAGAUCAUCAUUGAUACCUAUGGUGGCUGGGGUGCUCAUGGUGGAGGUGCCUUUUCAGGGAAGGACCCUACCAAGGUUGACAGAAGUGGUGCCUAUAUUGUAAGGCAGGCUGCAAAGAGUGUCGUGGCAAAUGGCCUUGCUAGAAGGUGCAUUGUGCAAGUUUCCUAUGCCAUUGGUGUCCCUGAGCCCUUGUCAGUGUUUGUGGACACUUAUGGAACUGGGAAGAUUCCUGACAAGGAGAUUCUGCAAAUUGUGAAGGAGAAUUUCGACUUCAGACCUGGAAUGAUCACCAUUAACUUGGACCUUAAGAGGGGUGGUCAUAGGUUCCUCAAGACAGCUGCUUAUGGACACUUUGGAAGGGAUGAUGCAGACUUCACCUGGGAAGUUGUGAAGCCACUCAAGUCAGAGAAGCCUCAAGCUUAAGAGUGUUGUUAAGUUAAUCACUCCCUUCAGUGGAUGUCUUGCUGGGUGUGGAUGAAUAAUUUGCGUGUUUCAUGACUACUACUACUACUACUCCAUUCAAUGUCUAAUGCCAUCUCAUCAAUACCUAAACUGUUCGUUUUUUUUUUUCUCCCUAUACUCACAAUUUAUUGUUUGGCUAUGCAAUGUUACUGUGUUGAUGCAAUGGAAAUUUUAUCAGAAUUUUGUCCCAAUUGAUUGCAUUUUGAAAGGGUGAAAAAGACCUCCUCAAUGUAUUUUUAUCUAAA